AUGGAAUACGUUAAAGGUCUUUUCCUUGGAAAUCAAACCAAUCCCACUGUUGUAGUCAACGAGAAAGAACACAUCUUUCGUAGUCGUCAUGCUGAAAAUGGUUUCGUUAGCACUCCUCUCAUGCCUGACUUGAAGAAGGAGGAGUGUACCAUCUCUAGAGUCUGGGAAGAUACCGUCAAGGCCAACAGCUCCAAGCCUGUCUUUGGUAGCCGUCCUCUUAUCAAAAUUUAUACAAAGGAAUCCAAGCCAUCUGAAGAUGGCAAGACCAAAAAGUGGUCUUAUUUCGAGCUUGGUGAUUACGAAUGGAUGAACUACAACGAGGCUGAUGACAAGGUCAAGAAGGUAGCAUCUACUCUUAAAAAGCAUGGGUUGAAACAUGGUGAUAUUGUCAUUUUGUUCUGUAAGACAAGAGCUGAAUGGAUGAUUACUGCUUUGGCUUGUUUUUCAAUGGGUCUGGUAAUCACCACAGCAUACGAUUCAAUGCCAGCUGAAUCAGUAAAUCACAUUAUCAAGGAGACUGAGGCAAAGGCAAUCUUUACUGAGACUUCUUUGUUUGGAACUUUAAACAAGGCUUACUCUAAACUCGACAAGAAGGAUCAGCCCAAGUUUGUCUUCUACGCUGGUAAAGAAUUUGAGGCACCAGAAGAAAUCAAAAAGUUCAAGGAUGGAAAAGCGGAUGAUGUCGAGAUCGUGCACUUCACUGACGUUGUCAAUAACGAUGAGAACCUUGGGGAUGUCCAACCCGACGUCAAGCCCAAGCCUGAUGAUCUUGCUUUGAUCAUGUACACCUCUGGCUCCACUGGCCCACCAAAGGGUGUUGAGUUGACCAAUGCCAACAUCAUUGCUGCCACCGGUGCUGCUGAAUAUCUCGUGAUUGAGUUGAUUGAGAACUACGAUCACAGCUAUAUUGGUUUCUUGCCUCUUGCUCACGUUCUUGAGUUUUUAGUCGAAUUCAUCAUGAUUUCUAUGGGUGUACCUAUUGGUUAUGGUAGCAUUCGUACAUUGAUGAACGACUUUGUCUGUGGCCCUGAUGGCGAAGGUAAAGGGGAUGGUGAUUUGAAGGUCUUGAAGCCUACCAUCAUGGCUGGAGUUCCUGCUGUUUGGGAAAAAAUCAAGAAGGGUGUCGAAAGCAAGUUGGAGAAGCAACAUUGGGCUGUCAAGAAGACCUUUGAAGCUGCUAUUGAGAUGAAGUGGCAAAUGUUGCAAUUCUUUGGCAAGACCAAUGCUUUGACCAACGCUUAUGAUUCUAUCAUCUUUGGUGCUAUUCGCGAUGUUACCGGUGGUCGCCUCAUGUACGGUAUUUCCGGUGGUGCUCCUGUUUCCUUCGAGACCCAAAAGUUCAUCACUUCCAGUUUAUGCUUCAUGCUGCAAGGUUAUGGUCUCAGUGAAUGCUGUGGUUUGGCUGCUGUCACUCUUCCCAGCUUUGGUUUAGUUACCGGUGUUAUUGGUCCCCCCUCCCCUUCCAUUGAAUUCCGUUUUGUCGAUGUUCCUGACACUGACUACAAGGCUGAAGAUAACGUUGGUGAGCUAUGGCUUCGCGGUCCUUCUCUCAUGAGAGGUUACUUCAAAAGACCUGAUCUCACCAAGGAAGCUAUCACCUCAGAUGGCUGGUUCAAGACUGGUGAUAUUGCUCGUUUGAACAAGGACGGUACUUUUGCUAUUACUGAUCGCGCAAAGAACUUGGUCAAGUUGGCUCACGGUGAAUACAUUGCUCUGGAGAAUUUGGAGUCCAAGUACCGCAACUGUAACAGCAUCAAGAACAUUUGUCUCGUGGCUGACAGUGACAAGUCUUAUAUCAUUGCUGUUGUUGAACCUGCAGACAAUGAUGUGGAUAAGGAUAAGCUUCUCAAGGAGCUUCAACAAACAGCUACUUCCAGUGGAUGCAGCCGAGUAGAAACCAUCAAGGAUGUUGUUGUCACCCGCCAUGUUGACUGGCAAAAGGAGUACAUGACCACCAGCGGAAAGAUCAAGCGUAGAGACAUUGUUAAAGGCAAUAAGGAAGAGAUUGACAAGGUCUACAAAUAG